UAGAAAUGUCAAUAUACACAUCACAAAAACAAUAGAAAAAGAAAAAGGGGUGCUAUAAAUGUACACAGGAACAAACGUAGAAAUAAAUACAGGUUUUUUGACUGGAUUUGCGCAUGAUUUUUAUUUUUAUAAUACAACAUACGUAAAUACUCGCAAAAGCAAACUAAAAAAAAACUAAUAUAAUACUAGCAACCCUUUCAGCAUUUGACAAACACUGCAUUGUUGGUUUGUAAUGCGACUGCUAUCGUCUUCUAUUUAAGCCCUCCCUCUUAAAAAAAAAAGCGUAUCUCUUUCCACAAAAAAAAAAACCCUUCUUGCGCACACCACGAUGCUUACUUUAACUCGAAGACGAAGCCUAUAUCAAUGAAUGCUUCCAAAAUUACCCUUACAGAAAUAAAAGUUCUUGAUUGGAAAUACAAAAACGCAGUAAAGCAAAUACUUGACCUCGGAUUUCAGCCAGUUGAAGUAGAAAUGGAUUUGUAAAAGCUUGGUGCAAUGUACAAAUCUCUUGUGAACGAUAUGAAAGAUGAGCAUUCAGCAAUAUAUUCAGAAGACGAGAACCAAAAAGUCACUCAUAUUAUUGAACAUAUGGAGUUCCUUUGUACAGUUGCACCAAUAAAAAAGCUUUUGAAAGAGAAGAAGUGGCAAGUAGUACCAACAAACCCUUGAGAAUAAUGUUCUUGAUGCUAGAGAAGAAGAGCAAAAGAAAGAGA